AUGGAAGUCCUCCCAAAUUUUCUCAGGCAACAAAUUCUGAAGAAAUACCAAGUAGCAAAAAGGAACAAACACCACACAUUACUCCAUUUAGUACAGUUCAUAAGACUCCAUUUAGUACAGCUUAUAGUACUCCAUUUAGUACAGUUCAUAAGACUCCAUUUAGUACAGCUUAUAGUACUCCAUUUACGACACCAGAACACACUCCAUUUAGUACAGUUCAUAAGACUCCAUUUAGUACAGUUCAUAAGACUCCAUUUAGUACAGCUUAUAGUACUCCAUUUAGUACAGUUCAUAAGACUCCAUUUAGUACAGCUUAUAGUACUCCAUUUACGACACCAGAACACACUCCAGUAUCUGAGCAAACCCAAACUACAGAUUCAGAUGAAGAUAAUGAUUUUACUUGCACAAUAA